AUGAACACAUGGGGAUUCAUCAAUUCGUUCGGCAUCUUCCAGACCUACUACACAACGGCACUAUCGCACUCCCCGUCGGACAUAUCAUGGAUCGGUUCGAUCCAGGUGUUCCUGCUUUUCUUCGUGGGCACCGCCACGGGCCGGGCGACGGACGCGGGCUACUUCCGGCAGGUCUUCUUCCUGGGCUCUGCGUUCCAGGUGCUGGGUAUCUUCGCGACGGCGAGCGCGACGUCGUACUGGCAGAUUCUGCUGUCGCAGGGGGUGUGCAUGGGCCUCGGCAACGGCUGCCUCUUCGCGCCGACCAUGACGGUGGUGUCGACGUACUUUGCGCGCCGGCGCUACUUCGCCAUGGGCCUCGUCGCCACCGGCAGCGCCACGGGCGGGCUCGUCUUCCCCAGCAUGGCCCGCCAGCUGCUGCCGUCGGCCGGGUUUCCCUGGACCAUGAGGGCCAUCGGGUUCGUCCAGCUGGCCAGCCUCGUGGUCGCUAACACGUUCCUCAGGCCCCGGAUCCCGCCACGCCGCACCGGGCCCCUGGUCGAGUGGGCUGCGUUCAGGGAGCUGGAGUAUACCUUCUACGCUGCUGGGAGCUUCUUUAUAUUCCUAGGCGUCUACUUCGCCUUCUACUACCUCGCCUCCUUCAGCCGCGACAUCAUCGGCAUGUCCUACACCGACAGCCUCAACCUGAUCCUCGUCAUCAACGGCAUGGGCAUCCUGGGCCGCCUGGGGCCAAACCUCCUAGCCGACCGCGUCGGCCCCAUCAACGUGUUUAUCCCCACGGCCAUGGUGGCGGGCGUGUGCGUCUUCUGCUGGUUGGCGGUCCGCGACGUGGCGGGGAUGUACGUCUGGACCGUCUUCUACGGCAUCGUGGGCGGAGGCAUCCAGUCGCUCUUCCCCGCGGGGCUGAGUAGCUUGACGCCGGACCUCCGGCGUGCGGGGGUGCGAAUGGGGAUGGUAUUUACGAUCAAUAGCUUUGCUGUGCUGGCGGGGCCGCCUAUCGCCGGGAGGCUGGUCACGGCGGCGGGGGGGAGCUAUGUUGGUGCGCAGGGGUUUGCAGGGGCAGCCCUGCUGGUCGGGACGGGGUUUCUUGUUGCGGCGAGGGUGGUGAAGGGGAGGAGGUUGGGGGGUGGGUGGGCUGUUAAGGUGUGA